AUGAAAAGAAAGCAAUCAACUACCAAAUAUGUGGGCUUUAUUCUACAAGAAUUAGCAACAUUGAAACAAGUUCCUCUAAAAGAUGAAUCGGACUCUGGCUCCCAGUCAAUUGCAGAAGAACAAAGCUUCUUGAAGGUUUUAUACACUGUCUCAGAAAAAGCAACCAAACUUCCAAAAUUAAACGAUGACGAAUACGAGACAAAGGAUGUGAAGAACGAAGGGCAAUCAGGCCUUGAAAAGGCUAAAGCAGCAAAGUUAUACAACAAGAGACUAGAUGAUGCGGCCAAGACAAAAGGAGAAAUACCAUCUUCUAAUGCUGAUAACAAUAAACCUAGAUUUCAAGAGAUUGCAAGCCUUGUUGGUCAUAGAAAGUCUACUGCUUGUAAUCACCACACGAUCUUUAGGCUGCCGUCUACUAUUCAUCUAGUCAAGGAUAAAUUCAAGAUCGAGGUUAGUAAGCCAUUCAAUACGGUGGAUUCACGAGGAAACCCUAGAGCUGUCGAGCUUCUCGAACAAACAACGGCCCAUUUUAUUCCCUUGUGUGCUUGUGAUGAUUCUUGA